AUGAAGACGAAGCUGAAGCUGGUUGCUAUUGGAACUCGUGUUAUCGUUUAUGAUCCAAAUGACGGUUCUGUACUUGUAUCCCUUCGUGGUCAUAAAGAAUUAGUUUAUGCCGUUAGUUUUUCUUUUAAUGGUGAAAAAUAUGCUUCAGGUUCUCAAGACCGUACAGUUAUUUUAUGGAGUGAACAACAUGAAGGAUUACUUAAAUACACUCAUAAUGAUGCCGUUCAAUGUUUAGCUUUUUCUCCAACUUCAACAACUCUUAUUAGCUGUGCAGUUACUGAUUUUGGUAUAUGGACACAAACUGAUAAAAAUGUUAGGUAA